GAGACAACUGAGCGUGUGCAGCCCUCUGCCCCUGCGCCUGGACGCGGCGGUCCCUCGUGCUGAGCUCUCCGCUUACAUUAUUCAUACGGAGGAGGGUGUGACUUGUUGGCUCUUUUUUCCGCCUGUAUAAAACCAGAAGUUCGCGCAAAAGAAAAUACAGAUGGAGAAGGCUAACCGGCUCGCUUGUGUCACAGAGAGUCCCCCCUAAGCCUGCGUGACGAAUCACCAUAAUGCCCGCGCUCUGUGUGCUUAGUCUCGCCAUCGCGCUGGCUGCAUUUGCCCGACUCGCCGACGCGGUGGGACCGGUGGUCCGAUGUGAGCCGUGCCACGCCGGCGCACUGCUACACUGCAACUCGCUGCCACAGGACUGCGCGGAGAUGGUGAGGGAACCCGGCUGCGGCUGCUGCAUGACGUGCGCCCUGGGAGAGGGACAGGCGUGUGGAGUGUACACGGCGCGCUGCGGCUCCAACUUGACCUGCAGGCAGCAGCCCGGAGAGAGCCGUCCCCUGCAAGCGCUGCUGGAGGGUCGGGGAGUGUGCACCAGCACCGCGUCCAAGAAGCUCAAUGCCAUUCUCAUCCCUGCUACAAAACAAGAAAGCGCUGGGAACCAAGUAGAAGACUGUGCCAACACGACCCAGGAGGUGACAACAGUCCCGCCCGCCCCGGUGACGGUGAAGGAUGGGCGCAGUCAGGGGUCGACCAACACCCGACCGCCCAUGAACAACAAACUGCUCCAGAAGGCAGAGAACAAGAAGACACAGAGCUACAAGGUGGACCCGGUGUCCAGAGGACCCGACGUGGACAUGCACAACUUCUCCCAGGAGAUCAAGAGGGAGACAGAGUAUGGGCCGUGUCGACGGCAGAUUGACAGCAUUCUGAACAGUCUGAAGAUCAACAACGUGCUCAACCCGAGAGGCUUCCGCAUACCCAACUGUGACAGAAAAGGCUUCUACAAGAAAAAACAGUGCCGUCCUUCCAAAGGCAGAAGACGUGGUGUGUGUUGGUGCGUGGACAAAUAUGGGCAUCCUCUUCCCGGGUACGACGACGGAGAGCAGGGCAAGAUGAAGUGCUACAACCUGGAGAGCAAAUGAGAGGACGGAGGGACGGCGUAUGGACGGAAGAGAAGGAGACAGCGCGAAGGGAGGGGAGAAAGACGGAGACUGAACCCACUCCUGCUUGUAGAUUGAUGUAAACGUUUGAAGGAACUCUCGACCUUCUGAUUUCAGGUUGUUCUGUCAGUGGG